GUAUGGUAAUGCGGACUUUCAGACCAAAGCCGUGAGGAAACCUGUGCACGUUGCUUUUAUUUUGGCUCCGGAGCGACACAAAUUAUUUGAAGGUCCGGAAGUUAAGGUUGACAGUUUCUCCAGGAUGCUUUAUCAGCAAGACAUACAAGGGUCGCCCCUUCUACACACAGAUGUCAUCGAAGUUCAAGCAAAUUCUGACGUCCAUCUCCUCGUGAGGGAUGGAGGCUAUGCUUACUUUGGUGUGUGUCUUGUCAAUCCCUUGGACACCCCACGACCCGACACCCUCGUCCUCCACAAGGUUAUUGGUCGAAGCUUGGACGAUAGCGGAACCAUGUUCAAUUUCGAUAUUCGGGAAUUUAAGCGUAAUGACAUUGCUGAGUUGACGCUCGUGGGUUCGAGGGAUCAAAUUCAUCUCAAGGAUGACCGCCCCGAACAACUCAUGGUGUCACAUGUUGUAACAAAACUAAAUAAUUUCAAGAUAAUUAUGGAUUCAAUUGACAAAAUGAAAGCGAAGCACGUUACAAUCUGUGGCCUGAUAGAAAGUCCUGGUCGAUAUGGAACAAUGGGCUGGUUUUGUCUCGUUGUACGAGGACUACUCGUUUGCAUUGAUACCUUGGAGCUUGAAAAUGACAAUGACUUUUGGAAAACAUUGGAAACACGGCUGCUUCGAAACCCAAACAUUACAAAAAUUUGUCACAAUGGGAGACGUCUCAUGGACUAUUUAUACCACCAACGGGCCAUGAGAAUUGACAAUCUGUUUGAUACUCAGGUUGCCGAUUUGUAUAUUCGCUACCACCUUCACCGUAUCAGGGUAUCAACUGAAAGUGUUAAACAAACAGAGUUCAAGUGGGAGCAUUACCCCGUGUCAAAAGUAUACAAGGAAUUCGUGCCCGAUCUUCUUCUCCCAGAGGAGCUGAAGCAUUUGGAAGAAUAUGAAAAUAUUUGGUUUAGUGCGGGCAGCCACGGGCCUUAUAUUAAGAGACCAGUUCUUCGAGGAUGUCCUCACUACAAGUCGGCUGCUCUGGGGGUCAAGUACUUGGAAGCUGUUUAUGAUGUUCAAACGAAAACCCUGCUAUCACAAAGCACACGUUGUAUGACGGAACAGAUGAAAGUGAUGUGCAAUACUAAUAACACUAUAUCGUUGGACCCAUUCUACAUUUCUCAAAAUGUAAAGGACGCGAUUACAAUGGGAACACCUUUCUUAUGGACUGACCGAGCUGAAGAUAUCAACUGACAACUGAUGGCUUCCUCACCACUAUGAUCUCACCAGCUUCCAUUCAUUUUAUAACCUCCAAUGUAUGUCAUUUACAUAAUUCGCUAAGUUAUGCAUUUAUGAGUACCUUGACUGACUAGUUUUGAUUUAUGUAAAUAUGGUGAUAUGAAUAUUUUUGAUGCAUAAUGAAAUGCGAUUCAAUUCAAUAUAAAUAGUCAAGUCAAAUUUAA